ACCUUUUACAGAUAUGAACAGACCAAUCUAGUUGCCAUUGGCCUUGAUUUCCGUACAUCUGAUAUUUCGCCACAGACAAACAUACCAAUUCAAACGAUUACCACGUGAAUCGGAUGCGUGAACCCUUUCCUUCCAUCGCUACAUAAACCUCAACAUUUAUACGAUGAAUUGAAUUGAAUUGAAUUGAAUUGAAUUGAAUUGAGUUGAGUUGUGAGAGCAUGGAAAAUCAAGGCAAAAGGGUUUUGCUGACCUCCAAUGGCGACCAGAUUUCUCUCAGCAUAGCUCGUACUUUAGCACAGCGAACAUGCCGGUUGGUUUUGAUGGGGAAUGAGGGGCAGCUGAGAACAGCCGCGGAGAAGAUAAAGGGUUCACUGAACGGCGCCGUUUUCGUAGAGGUGGUCGGUUUGGAUAUGGAGGAUGAGAGAGAAGGGGCUUUCGAUGAUGCGGUGGAGAAGGCCAGGAGACUCCUCGGCGGAUUGGAUGCUUUGGUCAACUGUUACUCCUAUGAAGGAAAGAUGCAAGAUCCUCUUUCUUUGGCUGAGGAUGAAUUCAAGAAGAUUAUGAGGACCAAUUUCAUGGCUGCUUGGUAUCUUUUAAAAGCUGUAGGUAAAGUUAUGCGCGAUCAGAAAUCUGGUGGAUGCAUUGUUUUCUUGACCUCAGUGAUUGGAGCUGAAAGAGGGUUGUAUCCCGGAGCAGCAGCAUAUGGUUCAUGCUUGGCUGGAGUUCAGCAGCUAGUAAGAACCUCGGCACUGGAGAUAGGGAAGCAUCAGAUAAGGGUUAAUGGGAUAGCUCGUGGCCUGCAUCUUGAAGACGAGUUCCCUGUGUCAGUAGGGAAGGAGAGGGCAGAGAGAUUGGUGAAUGACGCUAAUCCACUACGUCGAUGGCUUGACGUUGAAAACGACUUGACAUCGACGGUGAUCUAUUUGAUAAGCGAUGGAGCGCGCUACAUGACUGGAACGACCAUAUUCGUCGACGGGGGUCAGUCUCUGGUAAGGCCUCGAAUGAAAUCUUACAUGUGAAGCAAGUGGGGUGGUGUUCAGUAUUGAGAUUACUUGCCUUGAUUGGCUAUUGGCUAAAUAAUCUUAGCAAAAUAAGUUGUGUUUGCAUGUCUGUAUGUGACUUAAUGUUACGCAGUAUAUAUAACAGCUUAAUAAAGUUAUAAUUAUACGACUCAAAUUUCAAGUUUCUAA